GCGUCUGCGCAGCUGCGAGCGUAGGUGUUCGGCUUUGAAAUGCAGCGGGAUUUAGUGAGUUUGCCCCUAUCCCCAGCGGUGAGGGUGAAGCUGGUGUCUGCAGGUUUCCAGACUGCUGAGGAGCUCCUAGAGGUGAAACCCUCCGAGCUCAGCAAAGAAGUUGGGAUAUCUAAAGAGGAAGCCUUAGAAACUCUGCAAAUUAUAAGAAGAGAAUGUCUCACAAAUAAAACAAGUUAUUCUGGUACAGCUGAGUCAGGCAAGAAGUGUACAGCACUGGAACUUCUUGAGCAGGAGCAUACCCAGAGUUUCAUAAUUACCUUCUGUUCAGCACUAGAUAAUAUUCUUGGGGGUGGCAUACCCUUAACCAAAACAACAGAAAUUUGUGGUGCACCAGGUGUUGGAAAAACACAAUUAUGUAUGCAGUUGGCAGUAGAUGUGCAGAUACCAGAAUGUUUUGGAGGAGUGGAAGGUGAAGCAGUUUUUAUUGAUACAGAGGGGAGUUUUAUGGUUGAUAGAGUGGUAGACCUUGCUAAUGCCUGCAUUCAGCACCUGCAGCUUAUAGCAGGAACACAUAUGGGAGAAGAGCACCCAAAAGCUUUGCAGGAUUUCACUCUUGAAAAUAUUCUUUCCCAUAUUUAUUAUUUUCGUUGUCGUGACUACACAGAGCUACUGGCACAAGUUUAUCUGCUUGCAGACUUCCUUUCAGAACACUCAAAGGUUCGAUUAGUGAUAGUGGACGGUAUUGCUUUUCCUUUUCGUCAUGACCUAGAUGACCUAUCCCUUCGUACUCGAUUACUAAAUGGCCUAGCGCAGCAAAUGAUCAGCCUUGCAAAUAACCACAGAUUAGCUGUAAUUUUAACCAAUCAGAUGACAACAAAGAUUGAUAAAAAUCAGGCCUUGCUGGUUCCUGCACUGGGGGAAAGUUGGGGGCACGCUGCUACAAUACGGCUAAUCUUUCAUUGGGACCAGAAGCAAAGGUUGGCAACAUUGUACAAAUCACCAAGCCAGAAGGAUGCUACAGUCCUAUUUCAAAUCACACCUCAGGGAUUUAGAGAUGCUGUUGUUGCUACUGCACGUUCAUUGCAAACUGAAGGUUCAUUGAAUAUCCGGAAGCGGUCACGGGACUCAGAGGAAGAAAAGGAAUCCAAAGACUAGUCUCACAGUAUACAUAUGUAUUGAUGCUGUGAGAGAUGCAGUGCUUACAAGUAGUAGAUUCAUUACUUUAGAAUAUAAACACUAUGGCGUGAAUGAAUCCAGUCUAUAUUAAGUGAAUGGUGAAUAAAUGGAUCAGGUCUAUAUUAAGUGAAAAUAUUUAACAAAUAGGAUUCUCUGAAAGAGUUUUUCUAAACUAAGCAGUGUUCUACAGUUGUAUUUAACCCUGUUUUCAUUUUCAGUAAUAUUCAGUAGAGAUGAUGCAGGUAUUGUAUUUUGCAAAUGUGGAAAGCUGAUCACUUGUGGCCAAUCUGAAUUUAAUAUUCAGACUGUUUUUUCCUCCUUUCUUUGCCAAUUGCCUAGACAUUUCUAAGAAGAAAAUAUUUUUUUCACAUUCCUAUUGUGCUCUCC